AUGGGCAACGACUCGUCUAAAUCGAAGUCCUCGGGAAACAAAGGUGUAGCUUCUACAUUAGGUAUCAGAGCAGGACCGUCACAAGCUACCGUACAGAGACAUAUUGAAAAUGCGCAGAAGAGCAGGAUUCUUCAGUUGAAGUCGUGUGGCUUGAAGACUUUGCCGCCUUCCUUGAACGAGCUCCAUGACGUGAUACGAAAUCUCGAACUCAGUCAAAAUAAGAUAAAGGAGUUACCACCAACUAUCGGAGCGUUCGCCGUUCUCAAGCAGUUACACCUUUCUGAAAAUGCACUCAGUAAAAAAGAGCAAGUCAUACAAAUUCUUUUUGAAGCUGAACUACCUCACGAGAUUGGGAUGUUGAAAAAUCUUGAGAUUCUCCACGUUCAAUCUAACAAACUGUCGUCACUGCCCGACAGCAUGGUUGGCUGCACAUCUCUGAAGACUCUCAAUGUUUCGGCAAAUAGUUUCACUCAAUUUCCUGUGGUGGUUUGUCACCUGAUGUCACUGGAAACGCUGAAUCUCGCUCAAAAUACCAUCACAGAACUCCCGGAUGAG